UAAGAUAAGAAGAAUCUAACAUCAGAACCCAACAAACGCUACCUAAGUGCGGUCUCACAUCACUUACUAUACACUUACCCCUACUCUACAAUAUUCUUCUUCACUAUGAAUACCCACCAAGCACCCAACAAUAUCCUUUCUCUUUCUACCUCUGCCUCCUUCUUAGGUGUUUUUGUUAAGAUUUGUGAUUUUUUUUCUUUCUCAAGAGAAGAUGAAUUGCUACUAUGGAUUCCCACAGAUGAACACAAUGACAAACAGCUUUGAAGAAGUGAAGAUGGAAUCUGUGGUUUGUCCUAAACCUCGUCGGUAUCCAUCCAUCAACAGACCCUUCAGGCGUCCUUUUAGCUACCAAUCUGAGAUUGAAGAUUCAGGAGUUGGGGCAGAACUUCUUGACAUCAUUCAUCCCAAGGGCUAUACGGAGAGACCGGUAUCGGCGGCAGAUAAAUUGUUGGCAUCAUCGCCGCCGUAUUUCAUCGGAUCUCCACCGAGCAGGGCUUCAAACCCUGUAAUCCAAGACGAGCGAUUUGGUAAUGGUAAUGGGAAUUUUAGUAGUCCAUUUACCAUGGCAUCGGUUUCGCCAUCGGCUCGAGGAUGUGGUGUUCCGAUGGAAUUCGGCAACACACAAGCUGCUGUUAGGAUUGAAGGUUUUGACUGUCUUAGAAGAGAUAGAAGGAGUAUCUCUGCUGUAGCCUAAUCCAUUUUUGAAGAAAGAAAGAAGAACAUAGAAAAUAGUGAGAGAGAACACAGCUCAAUACCAAGAAUCAGCAGAGUUUUUUUUUCCUUUGGAAAGAGGAUCUAAUCUUAAUAAUUAGUAGUGUUUGAUGUAUAUAUAAUUGUGAUGUUUGAAGUUUGAUGUUAAUCAAUAAAAGAGAGAACAAAUCAGAGUAAACAAGGUAAGAAAAGAAGCCAUUUUCUUCUGUUUUGUUAUUAGGUUUGUGGAGAGUUUAAGGUAUCCUUCCUAUGUAAUUGUAAUUUGGAGGAAAUUGGAAUUUUGUACAUCCUAUUAUUGUUAUUAAUCAUAAUGAGUUUUUGAA